AAAAAAAUCAGUCAUUUGGCAUUCUCAACGUGAGUCCAGCACAGGAGCUGGCACGCCACAUCAUUGGAACCUCAGAACCACCUGGGGAGAGGGGGCUAGUAGUUUCUCCAUUAAAAAAACUGAGGCUCAGAGGAAUUGCCCCAGGCCAUAAAGUGGUGUGGUACUUCAUUGCACCCUAGGACUCCUAAGCCUGCAGGGCAACCUCCCGCAGACAGGAGAGUCGGGAACAGGUUUUUGCUGUGUUAUUGGCUUCCUCACCAGGCUGUAAAUGUGCUGAGGGCAGGGACACAGUGUUCCAGCCCCUAACAUGGAAGGGACACAUGGUGGUGUCCAGGAAAAGUUGGACCCAACACUACAUUUCGAGGAAGGGAAAGCCACAUCCAGAGAGACCCAAGGUUUUAGGGCCAGGAGAGACUGAACUGGGCCUGUCAGCCAUGCCAGGACUGGCGGAUGGGGAGAGCCUGUUUGGCGGUGCCUCCCGGUUCAGCUGUUUCCUCCUGUUCCUGCAGGUCUGCAGGGAACUGGCCAGGCAAGGGUGCAGGCCUGUUUCUCCUGGUGGUUGGUGCGUUGCAGCAGCAGCGGGAGCCAGGACUAAGGACAAGCGGGAGCUGGGAGCCCCAGGUAGGACUGAGUUCUCUUAGGCAGAUGGACGGUGCGCAGGCGUGGCCUUCCUCUCUGUCCUCCCUGUCCUUUGCUGUGGGACUGGAUGAGGUUGGGCAUGCAUGCAGAGUCCUUGAUCUGGUUGUGGGCCCCAUGUGCCCAGGAGCCGCAGCUGUUUGCCCUGUCUAUGGAGGGGCUCUCUGCUCAUGAGGAACUUCCCGCCUGGAACCUGGCUCUGGCCCCGAAUGCUCUCGCCUUGGAGCUCAGAGGCCUGGGGCCUACCAUGAGUUUGGGGCAAGAAGUAGUAACACUUUUUUGGUCAGUUAGAGAGAGGGUGGCUCGUGGGCCAAGGAUUGAGGGUGGAUGUAUCAGCUUUUCCUUGGCCCUGUAUCUGCCUCCAACUGUCCUCAUCGUCACACAAGGACACUGAAAUUCCCCGUGGGCCCCACAGUGGGUUGGACGCUGCGGGGGGAUGGAAUGGGGUCUCCAGCUCCAGGUACAGCUGAGCUGUCUUCCACACCCCAGGCCCCUCCAUUUUCCCCACUUCUCUAGAGCCCGAGCAGGGCUCAGUCCCUCUCGUCAGCUUCCAAAUUCAAGGGGAGCUAGGCAGAGUCUGGAACAAUGCUGGGAAGGCUGUAGUCUCUCUGAAGAGCCUCAGAAAGCUGGAAAUUCCUCGUUUUGGGGCAAGCCUUGCCUCCUUCAGCCCCAUUACCAUGAAAACACUGCUGUGGGUGACUCCAUACUCACUCCAGGCUGGUGACUGGGUGACUGGGCCCCAGUGAGCAGGGUUCUGGUGGUGGGUAUGGGUGCUAAUGAAGCUUGAGCCUGGGAGUGACAGUAGGGGGAUAGCAAAGACCGUCUUUCCUCCAGGAGCGCUCCCUGAGCAGACCCCCGCAGCCAACCCCACUGGCUGUUACACACUUAUAGGUCUGUGAGUAGAGCCAUAAGGGCUGGGCUUCCUGGGCCUGACUCUGGGUUAGGGGGCAGAAAGGAGGUCAGGGCCCUCACUCCUGGGGUAGGAGUUGGGGCAGAACAGGAGUUGUCUUCACUGGGCCUUCUGUGUAUUGGACCUAUCCCUAAACCUGGUGUGGAGGAAGUGAAGUGCCUUUGGCUGUGUAGGGGCCUCUGCCACCGGAGUUCUGAAGAGCCAGCCCUUUCUGUCACUCAGCCUUGUUUUCUAAGGAGUUUGAUUAGUCUUGGAGACAGCCCACGGUAAAUCCUCAGACAUCACCCGCCUGCUGCACAGACAUAUGCGUGCUCACACAGGGAUAUGGCAAGCCAGGCUGCAGUGGCCAUGCACACCCACAGACUCAUGAGUGCGUGCACCACCCAUGUGGGCAUGCAGGUACACAGGUGCUCACAUGCAGCCACCCAUGGCACACUCACGCACACACAGAUGAUCUCCCAGUUACCAUUGGCAUCCAUGCACUCAAAUGCCUUCCCACACAUACCACACUGUGCCCAUUCUGGGGUCAGGAAGGGGGGCCCUGGUCAGAGUCACAGCCCAGCAAGGUCCCCUGCGUCUGGCACCUGAGGGGGAAGUUCCAGGUGUGGCUGUGAUCUCAGGGGGUUAAGGGGGGCUGGGCCACCCUGGUAGGUGGGCUCUGCCCAUGCAUUCAGCAGCCACCCUCCCAUCUGGCCCCAGGCUCCAGAACGACCAGGGCUUGGCAUGGGAGAUGGGAGAUACGAGUGCAGGGGAGAGGCGUGUCAGCUGUGCCAGCACCAUGUGCCUAGUGCCACGGCAGAGGAAGUAGGCUUUCUGGCCAUGAGGCCAGUGUGCCCACAGUGGGUGGGGGUCCUAUCACAACGCCUGUGUCCCCCACAGCGUCCAUGGCUAGAGGGAGUGGAGUUGCUGGGCUCUAGGGACUAAGAGGUUGGCAGGGGCGGUCUGUUCACUUCCCAAAGGCUGGGCCUAGGGGAGAGGCCUGUCUGUCCGAGGCGUUUCCGGAGGCUCACUUCCUCUGGGCUGCCCAGGAAGUGGUUUUGGAGUGGGACUGACCAGCCCUCCGUCCGCAGCUCUGCGCCUUGCUCCGCCCCUGCCUUGCCUGCCCAGGGGAGCAGCAUCUGGCCACCGGGUUAGGCUGACUGACCAGGCUUUUCACUGCCAGGGCUGCCCAGGCUUUUUUCGGGGGCUCUAGGAGAAGGGCAGGGGCCAGGUCAUGAAGUCCCCUGCAGUCUCCACAACUUUCUCGUCCCCGCACCUUUCUUGCUCUGACCCUGUAAGCCGAGGCUCAAGAGCAUCAGCUCUGGUAGUCAUGGCCCCCUUGAGAGUGGUGAUGGCUGGGCUGCAUCUCAGUGACUAGGCAGCUCCCAGCAGCUCUAUGAAUGAGCCUGGGCAAGUGGCUUUGCCUCUUAGUGCCUCAGUUUCCCCCGACAGAUGAGAUAAUGAUAGCAUCCAUCUUGAUGAGGUUGAGCAGAAAUGACAGAUAACAUAUGCAAAGUAGCUAGCAUCGUGCUUAGCACAUUGUCAGAGUUGAAUGAGUAGAAACUGUAGUUAUGUAAAGCAUUUAGUGCCCAGUUCAUGGGAACUAUUCAAAAAAUAGCAAGUGGGACUGAUGAGGGGGUACUAUGAUCUGAGGGGCUGGGCACUGGCCCAGUGUUACAUGGCCAGGUGCUAUGGAGCCUGGCCGAGGAGCCAGGUCUCUAACUCCCUCAUCCCCCUCAAUUCUGUCUCCAGUGGCAGCACCCUACUGGUUCAAUAGGUUCCAUGUCUUCUGAGGAGAGGAGCUCCCGGUGGAGCAGCUCCGCCCACUCAGCAGCCCAGCCCUUGCCUGCUCUUCUCCCCCUCACUCCCUUUCAAAGGGAGAAAAUAGAUCUCAUGACAAAUGGAUGCAGGGAGGGGAAAGGCAGUCUGCAGCUGCCUGCUGCCCCCUCAGGGCUCCCCUUGGCGCUCUCCAGCUCUGGCCUCCUGCAGGACAUUAGGCUGGGAGAAUUGGCUGGGAAUGAGGGGGUGGACGUAAGCCCUCCUGCCAGCCUGCUUACCCUUCAGACCCCUGGAGUCAGCCUUUGGGCUGGGGCAGGGAGUGGGCAUCUGGUUAUGAUGGAGGCUAGAAGAGUAGGGGGAGCUAGAAAACCCCCUACAUACACAGCAGCUGGGGGCAGGGCCCAGCCUGUCCCAGGGACACGAAGAAGGUCAGCACAGUCAGGGUUGGGCUGAGCAUUGGCCUUCACUGUGUGGGACCCAGAGGCUAGGGGUGAGAAAUGUUGAGGAGUGGUAAGGACAGUGAUGCAAGCAUCAGGAGCCUGAGGGCUGGAGAGCGAAAGAUGAAUGGGCCUGGGCGAGGAGUGUGGGUGAGGGUAUCCUGAAGGCUUAGGAGCAGGACUUAUGCAGGCAUCAGACAGACCCUGAUUGAAUCCUUGCUCAAUAUUUCCUGGCUGUGCACCCUUGAGCCAGGGACUGGACUGCUCCCCACUUUCCUCAUCUGUGAAAUGGGCAGAUCAGGGAGUGUCCUGUGAGACAUGAAUGAUGGGAAAGAGCCACUGUGUGGGGGUGGGGUGGAGCAGGAAGACGGAACAGCAAGCCCAGAGGCUUCUAAGCGGGAAGGAACUGGCUGCUCCGGGAACUGAAAGGGGUCAGCGUGGCUGGGGCACAGGAGUGAGGGAAAGGCAGCCGCCUGAGAGGCCCACUGCAGGCCCUGCCAUGGCACCAUUCCUGCGCAUCGCCUUCAACUCCUAUGAGCUGGGCUCCCUGCAGGCUGAGGACGAGGCGAACCAGCCCUUCUGUGCCGUGAAGAUGAAGGAGGCGCUUAGCACAGAGCGUGGGAAAACACUGGUGCAGAAGAAACCGACCAUGUAUCCUGAGUGGAAGUCGACAUUCGAUGCCCACAUCUACGAGGGCCGCGUCAUCCAGAUCGUGCUAAUGCGGGCAGCCGAGGAGCCAGUGUCUGAGGUGACCGUGGGUGUGUCGGUGCUGGCCGAGCGCUGCAAGAAGAACAAUGGCAAGGCUGAGUUCUGGCUGGACCUGCAGCCUCAGGCCAAGGUGUUGAUGUCUGUUCAGUAUUUCCUGGAGGACGUGGAUUGCAAACAGUCUAUGCGCAGUGAGGACGAGGCCAAGUUCCCAACGAUGAACCGCCGCGGAGCCAUCAAACAGGCCAAAAUCCACUACAUCAAGAACCAUGAGUUUAUCGCCACCUUCUUUGGGCAACCCACCUUCUGUUCUGUGUGCAAAGACUUUGUCUGGGGCCUCAACAAGCAAGGCUACAAAUGCAGGCAAUGUAACGCUGCCAUCCACAAGAAAUGCAUCGACAAGAUCAUCGGCAGAUGCACUGGCACUGCGGCCAACAGCCGGGACACCAUAUUCCAGAAAGAACGCUUCAACAUCGACAUGCCACACCGCUUCAAGGUUCACAACUACAUGAGCCCCACCUUCUGUGACCACUGCGGCAGCCUGCUCUGGGGACUGGUGAAGCAGGGAUUAAAGUGUGAAGACUGCGGCAUGAAUGUGCACCAUAAAUGCCGGGAGAAGGUGGCCAACCUCUGCGGCAUCAACCAGAAGCUCUUGGCCGAGGCCUUGAACCAAGUCACCCAGAGAGCCUCCCGGAGAUCAGACUCGGCCUCCUCAGAGCCUGUUGGGAUAUACCAGGGUUUCGAGAAGAAGACCGGAGUCACUGGGGAGGACUCGCAAGACAACAGUGGGACCUACGGCAAGAUCUGGGAGGGCAGCAGCAAGUGCAACAUCAACAACUUCAUCUUCCACAAGGUCCUGGGCAAAGGCAGCUUCGGGAAGGUGCUGCUUGGAGAGCUGAAGGGCAGAGGAGAGUACUUUGCCGUCAAGGCCCUCAAGAAGGAUGUAGUCCUGAUCGACGACGACGUGGAAUGCACCAUGGUUGAGAAGCGGGUGCUGACGCUCGCCGCAGAAAAUCCCUUUCUCACCCACCUCAUCUGCACCUUCCAGACCAAGGACCACCUGUUCUUUGUGAUGGAGUUCCUCAACGGGGGGGACCUGAUGUACCACAUCCAGGACAAAGGCCGCUUUGAACUCUACCGUGCCACGUUUUAUGCAGCUGAGAUAAUCUGUGGACUGCAGUUUCUACACAGCAAGGGCAUCAUUUACAGGGACCUCAAACUGGACAAUGUGCUGCUGGACCGGGAUGGCCAUAUCAAGAUUGCCGACUUUGGGAUGUGCAAAGAGAAUAUAUUCGGGGAGAACCGGGCCAGCACCUUCUGCGGCACUCCUGACUAUAUCGCCCCUGAGAUCCUACAGGGCCUGAAGUACACAUUCUCGGUGGACUGGUGGUCUUUCGGGGUCCUUCUGUAUGAGAUGCUCAUUGGUCAGUCCCCCUUCCAUGGUGAUGAUGAGGAUGAACUCUUCGAGUCCAUCCGUGUGGACACACCGCAUUAUCCCCGCUGGAUCACCAAGGAGUCCAAGGACAUCCUGGAGAAGCUCUUUGAAAGGGAACCGACCAAGAGGCUGGGAGUGACCGGAAACAUCAAAAUCCACCCCUUCUUCAAGACCAUAAACUGGACUCUGCUGGAAAAGCGGAGGUUGGAGCCACCCUUCAGGCCCAAAGUGAAGUCCCCCAGAGACUACAGCAACUUCGACCAGGAGUUCCUGAACGAGAAGGCGCGCCUCUCCUACAGCGACAAGAACCUUAUCGACUCCAUGGACCAGUCUGCGUUUGCCGGCUUCUCCUUUGUGAACCCCAAAUUCGAGCACCUCCUGGAAGACUGAGGUUCCUGGACAGAGCAGGCUAGCCCCACCCUCCACCCACAUCUGCCCGCUCCCCACGAUAAGCACCAGAGGGACUGUGGUGACUUCUGCUGCUGGCCCCGCCCCUGCCCCCAGAGCGGCCUUGGCUCCUGUCUGGCCAGGCUCUCAUGGUACUUCCUCUGUGAACUGUGUGUGAAUCUGCUUUUCCUCUGCCCUCGGAGGGAAAUUGUAAAUCCUGUGUUUCAUUACUUGAACGUAGUUAUCUAUUGAAAAUAUAUAUUAUAUAUAUAGACAUAUAUAUAAAAAAUAGGCUGUAUAUAUUGCUCAGUAGAGAAAAACCAUGGGGGACUGGUGACAUGUUGAUCUUUUUCAAAAAAAUAUAUAUACGACAAAAAAAAAAAAAAAAGGAGCACAAGCUGUUUGAACCACCAGGUUCUUUUAUUUGUGUGUCUAAAUAAACACCAAAUGGUACCAA